AUGAUAUUUCAAUUUUCACUUUGCAACUUGCAACAUCACCAUGGCCCCAGUUCUCUUCCACCGCCAUCAAACUACUACUAUCACAUUCACCACCUUCCACCGCCCUUUCACCCUUUUAAUAUUCAUCUCCACCACUUCACUUUCUUCACAACUAACGUUUUUUCUGCAACCAUGAAUUCAAAUGAUGAGAAAAACUCUCCCAAGCUUGAUGCAUCGGUGCCUGUGCCUAUGGAAUGUUUGCUGAUGAACAACACUGUUCCUCCAUUUCUGUCAAAAACAUUCGAUUUAGUGGAUGAACCUUGUUUGAAUCCGAUUAUAUCAUGGAGUUGUAAUGGUGCUAGCUUCGUUGUGUGGGACCCUUUGGAGUUUGCUAGAAUCAUUUUGCCACGACAUUUCAAACACAACAAUUUCUCCAGUUUUGUUCGUCAGCUUAAUACUUAUGGAUUCCGAAAGAUUGAUACCGACAAAUGGGAGUUUUUCAAUGAAGGUUUCCAGAAAGGGAAGAAGCAUUUACUAAAGAACAUUCAAAGGCGCCGGCCGUCUCAAUCUCAACAAGUUGGUAACUAUGUUGGAUCGUCUUCUAAUGCAGGGAAAUUUGGAGCCGAGGUUGAGAUAGAAAGAUUGAAGAAGGAAAGGAGUGUGUUAAUGCAAGAAGUGGUUGAUUUGCAGCAGCAACAGCGAAAAACGGCUCGUCAUGCAGGAAAUGUGAAUCAAAGGCUUCAAUCUGCUGAACAAAGGCAAAAACAAAUGGUUUCUUUCUUAGCCAAGUUAUUUCAAAAUCCAGACUUUCUAGCGCGGCUUAAGCAGAAAAAGGAACAAAAAGAUAUAGAAUCUCCAAGAGUCAGAAGGAAGUUUGUUAAGCAACAUCAAAAUGAAGAACUAAGUCCAGUUUCCAUAGAAUACGCUCCUCGCCAUCUUUCACUUGAUUUAGCUAAAGAAACGAGUGCAGAAACCAUUAUUGGUGAAGGAUCGUCUAGCUUUGGACUCGAUGAACAAUUUUUCAAAGGGAAGAAUGUUAUUAGUCCAAAUGAAGAAGCUAUAACUGAGAAUUUUGAAGGGUUUCAAGAGUUUCAACCUCUUGGGACAGAAAGUAUUAUCAAGCAAGAAGACAUAUGGGGUCCAAGCUGUGGGAAUGAGAUGUGGGGAAAUCCUAUGAAUUUUGGAGUUAUUACAGGUGAGAUGUCAGAGACAGAUAUGUGGGAUAUUGGUUUUGGAAGUUUGGGUAUUGAUAAAUGGCCAGAUGAUGAAUCUCCUAUUGAUGAGAUACCAAAAGAUUAUUAG